GUGCGCCUGCGCGGAGCCCAAGCCCGGUCGCAGCCUUUCGGCGGCCGCUGCUCCUGAGGAGCCGGAGCGCUAGCCUGAGUUGGGACCAGCUGAGGCGGCUGCGAGGCGGCCCCGCCCCGGGGCUCCAUUGUUGCGGCGGCGGCAGCGGCUCUGCCGGCUGCUCGGCUCCUCCUGUAUCGGCCAGGGCGGUCUCCGGCUAGUAGCGAUCGCUGCCCCGGCGGCGGCCUGAGCAAUGGAAGAGUUAAUAGUUGAACUUCGUCUCUUUCUUGAACUCCUGGACCACGAGUAUCUCACCUCAACUGUCAGGGAGAAGAAGGCAGUCAUCACAGACAUCCUGCUGAGGAUACAGUCAACCAAAGGUUUUGAAGUGAAGGAUCAUGCCACGAAGCCGGAGACCCCGAGCAGCCUGCCGGCCCCUCCCCAGAUGCCUUUGCCCGAGAUCCCACAGCCGUGGCUGCCACCCGACAAUGGGCCGCCACCGCUCCCAACAUCCUCUCUCCCGGAAGGCUACUACGAGGAGGCCGUGCCCCUGAGUCCCGGGAAAGCUCCGGAGUACAUCACCUCAAAUUAUGACUCGGAUGCAAUGAGUAGCUCUUACGAAUCAUAUGAUGAGGAGGAGGAAGAUGGGAAGGGGAAGAAGACACGGCACCAGUGGCCUUCGGAGGAAGCCUCCAUGGACCUGGUGAAGGACGCCAAGAUCUGUGCCUUCCUGCUGCGGAAGAAGCGCUUCGGGCAGUGGACCAAGUUACUCUGCGUCAUCAAAGACACCAAAUUGCUGUGCUACAAAAGUUCCAAGGAUCAGCAGCCCCAGAUGGAACUGCCGCUCCAAGGUUGCAACAUUACAUACAUCCCGAAAGACAGCAAAAAGAAGAAGCAUGAACUGAAAAUCACCCAGCAGGGCACAGACCCACUUGUUCUUGCCGUCCAGAGUAAGGAGCAGGCUGAACAAUGGCUGAAGGUGGUCAGAGAGAUCUACAGCGGCUGCAGUGGGCCCGCCGAGCAGGAGUGCCCUCCCCCAUCGAGCUCCCCGGUGCACAAGGUGGAACUGGAGAAGAAACUGUCUUCAGAGAGACCAAGUUCAGAUGGUGAGGGUGUUGCAGAAAAUGGAAUUGCUAUGUGUAAUGGAAAAGAACAAGUUAAGAGGAAAAAAAGUUCCAAAUCAGAGGCCAAGGGAACCGUGUCUAAAGUCACUGGGAAAAAAAUCACCAAGAUCAUCGGUUUGGGAAAGAAAAAGCCAUCGACGGAUGAGCAGACCUCCUCGGCAGAGGAAGACGUGCCGACAUGUGGCUACCUGAAUGUGCUCUCCAACAGCCGCUGGCGGGAGCGCUGGUGCCGAGUCAAGGACAACAAGCUCAUCCUGCACAAGGACAGGGCCGACCUGAAGACCCACAUCGCCUCCAUCCCGCUGCGCGGCUGCGAGGUCAUCCCGGGGCUGGACUCCAAGCACCCCCUGACCUUCCGGCUGCUUCGCAACGGCCAGGAGGUGGCCGUGCUGGAGGCGUCUUCUUCUGAAGACAUGGGCAGAUGGAUUGGGAUUUUGCUGGCCGAGACGGGGUCCUCGACAGACCCCGGGGCCCUGCACUAUGACUACAUAGACGUGGAGAUGUCGGCGAACGUCAUCCAGACGGCCAAGCAAACCUUCUGCUUCAUGAACCGGCGUGUUCUGUCCACUAACCCCUAUGUGGGGAGCACCUCCAACGGCUAUGCGCACCCCAGCGGGACGGCCCUUCACUAUGAUGAUGUCCCCUGCAUCAGCGGCUCGUGGGGCCCCGACGACGACGUUCCCGCCCCCUGCGGCCGAGGCCUGGGAGAAGAGGUGCUCUAUGAUAACGCCGUCCUGUACGAUAACUUGCCGUCUCCGAAAAUCUUUGCUCGCUACCCUCCCGCUGACAGGAAGGCUGCUAGGCCGUCUCCUGACAGGCUGUCCUGUAACCACUACAAACACCCCGCCUCCUCCGGCCUGCCCUCCUCCCCGUCUGUCACUAACACCUCUUCUGUGGGGAGGGCGUCUCUCGGGCUCAGCUCACAGUCGAAGGGUAAGAAGCCCCCCGUGGCCUCCAAUGGCGUUAUGGGCAAAGGCAAGGCUCCGAGCGGGCAGCAGAAGAAGGCUGACUCGGCGGCGGGUGUGAAGCGGACGCCUUCGAAUGCUGACCAGUACAAAUAUGGCAAGAACCGGGUGGAAGCAGACGCCAAGCGGCUGCAGGCCAAAGAGGAGGAGCUGCUGAAGAGGCGGGAGGGCCUGCGAGACAGGCUGGCCCAGCUGCGCAAGGAGAGGAAGGGGCUGAGGGCGGCCAUCGAAGUGAACAGCGGCAGGAAGACCCAGGUGGUCCUAGAGGAGAAGCUGAAGAGACUGGAGGAGGAGUGUAAGCAGAAGGAAACGGAGCGUGUCAACCUGGAGCUGGAGCUGACGGAGGUCAAGGAGAGCCUCAAGAAGGCACUGGCCGGCGGCAUCACCCUGGGGCUGGCCAUCGAGCCCCGCUCAGGGACGUCCAGCCCACAGUCUCCAGUUUUCAGGCAUCGGACUCUGGAGAACUCGCCCAUGUCCAGCUGUGAGACCAGUGACGCAGAGGGCCCGGUGCCCGUGAACAGUGCGGCCGUCCUGAAGAAGAGCCAGCCGGCCUCCGGCAACUCCCCGUGCCGGGGCCACGUGCUGCGGAAGGCCAAGGAGUGGGAGCUGAAGAAUGGGACAUAGAGCCGGAGGAUGCCCGGCUCUCGCAGCGUCGAGUGACCGCCCCACGACUGCUCUCCGUGCCGGGACCCAGGCCCGCCACAUGCAUCCUCUCUACUGUAUAAAGGUUCCUUUAAAGAGAUUUACUUGUAACGCUUUGGCUUCCAACUUCAUUUGUGAAAAGACGGCAAGGGGCAGAAGGCGGGGAACCUCCCCCUGCCCCUGUUGGCAGAUGAAGAAGCCAUAGCUUCCCGCCCAGGUAGAUGGCAGCUUCCACCCAUGCCUGUACCCCCCAGACCGAAGACCCGCAGGGACCUCGACACAGACUCACUCUGCGUGCUGGGUGAGGUGUGGGCCUCCGGCUGCUCGCUGCUCUCCGGGCGCCCCAGGGAUGCCCCACCCAACCCCUGAGUCUCACCAGCGCCUCCCCCACGCCCGGUAAAGUCACCACAGAGCUACGCUGUGAAGCAGUUUCUGUUUUUACAAACAUUUUCUGAACAGAUGCUUUUGUCACCAGGACAUGAAAAGCUGCCACUCUUCUAUAGACCUUAAGAAAGUGUCCUCCCUUUAUCCGGGCUGCACUUAGCUCCCAGGGUUUUCCAGCGCUUCUGGGUCACAGUUUAUUGAGGGCUUGUCCCGCUUGGGAAAGGCAGCGGAGGGAUUUCAGUGCCUCACGUUGUGUGUCCUUUCCUGCUGUUUCCAGCAUCCACACCCCCUCCACCCCCUCAGAGCCAGCGCGGUGGUCUCAGAGCCCUGGGCGGCCUUGGGGUGACGGUCACACUCAUUCCCCAGGGGCCUGGCUGCCAGGGCAGGGCCUCUUGGAGCAUCCCUGCGGCCUCCUGUGGGAUGUUUCUGGAGCCUGAGACGUGAUGGGGACAGGCCUGUCCACAGGCAGAGGCCAUCUGGGUCUGAGGGUCAGGCCAGCCCUCAGUCUGCAGAGGGACCUCUCAGGAAUGCUCCCUGUGGGAAGCGCGGCCACGCCCAGCACAGCCAUCAGUCACCCCGGAGCCCCCUGCACGCGGACCGAAGGACCAGUCACACGCGUGGACGGGCUCUCUGCCCGCCGCCGUCGGAGCAGGCCUGGCGUCCGCUGCCCCUCGGGUGUUUCUCAUCAGAUACAGGAGCAGGAAGCGAGCGGGCAGCGUCCUGUGACCACGUCCUGGUGCUCACGUUUUCUGCAGGCCACGCCGGUCAGGGUGGCUGUCACCAGCAGGGUCAGAGUGGCCCCUGAGGCCAGCACGGGCCGUGGCUGGCUCUACCGACCAGAGCAGGGCAAUGAGCUCAGUGCCAGGAACUUCACAGCAGAACCGGAAGCUGUCUGCGUGGACCAUGUGAAGUCGCUCAGUCGUGUCUGACUCUGCGAUCCCAUGGACUAUAACCUACCAGGCUCCUCUGUCCACGGGAUUUUACAGGCAAGAGUACUGGAGUGGGUUGCCAUCCCCUUCUCUGGGGGAUCUUCCCGACCCAGGAAUCGAAGCUGGGUCUCCCGCACUGCAGGCAGACUUUUUACCCUCUGAGCCACCAGGGAAGCCUGCUUACUGGAGCCCACCUGGGAAGCCUGGCUUUCUCGCAAAGCCGGCUUCUGGUCUGUGAGCUGCCACCUGGCGUCCAACGCUCAGGUUCGCCCUCCAUAGUUGAUGCAACAGGUGGGGGGCGCGUCUCACCCACACCUAUGACCCCGACCCCAGGAAGUGCAGGUAGGAAGUGGGGAGCUCGUCUUCCCAGUCCUGUUCCCCCGUCCUCCCACCCACAUAAGAGGCUGGGCCACUUGGCAUCACAUGAAGCUGAUUUUCCGUAAAGGAGAAAACUGUGAUCCGCUAUAGAGUCUCACUGCCUUGUGGUCAAAUGAAUGUUCUCCGGGUGUGGCUCUCCAGCUGCUGUGAUUGUUAGCCAGCUUUGUCUAAGACGGCGGCCAGGCCUUGAUUGUUACUGGGAAGGGACCAUGUGACCUUAGCCGGCACAGGUGGGCAGAGUCAGCAGUGGCGGGCUGGUUGGCAGAGGUCACUGAGACCAUCUCUGUGGACCGCAGCCGAGGAUGGCGGUUGGCACCGGAACCAAGAUUUGGGCCCUGGUCUUCAGACUCCCGGUGUACGUGUUUCCUGCCUAAAAAGCCCACGUUUCUAAAUUCACUUUCACAACCAUCAGCCUUUUAAAGAGAACGGAGGAGUUGAUCCUGUCUCGUUCCCCGAAGCCACGUACAACGGGCCCCGCGGGGGUCGAGGCUGCCGGCAUCGGGCUCUGCGAUGUCGGGUGUUUCCCUCAACGUCUCAGAUUCGAUCAGAAAGUUAAAGCAUUUGCUUCAAAAUAAGUUAUUUAUUUGUAUAUGUUCAGUAAGUAUAGUUUUUAAUUUAUAUCUGUACAUAUUAGACACACCGUGGACACCCUGUAAGAAUCCUGCAGUGACAGCGAUCUCUGUAGCCCGCCCGAAACGGGCCCCAGGGGGCUGCCCCCUCGCCCUGGGGUGGGGGAGGCCAGGAGGCAGCGGUGCUGGAGCCAGGCUCGGGGGAGAGGCAGCCGGCCAGGAUCCCUGCUCCGGGGUGCGGGCCCCUCCCCUGGGAGAAGUGGAUCCUUGGGCCCAGUCCCCAUCCCUCCGACAGACGGUCGUGGUCACAGGGUGCUGGCCAAAUGGGAUCCUGACCGAAAUGAGAUGAACGUGGUGGCCGGACCAGAGCCCUGGUGUGAGACGGUCUCCUCCCCGGCGUCUCAAGGCCCUUCCCUUAGGACGGGGCGACCGUCAGCCUCUCAGGGGCUUCUGCUCCUGGCUCUGUUUUGGCAAGGGGUCAUCAACCUUGAAAAUCCCCUCAUUUUCACAUUUUUAUGAAGUGAAGCGAAAGUCGCUCAGUCGUGUCCAACUCUUUGCGAGCCCAUGGACUAUACAGUCCAUGGGAUUCUCCAGGCCAGAAUACUGGAGUGGGGUAGCCUUUCCCUUCUCCAGGAGAUCUUCCCGACCCAGGGAUGGAACCCAGGUCUCCCACAUUGCAGGCGGAUUCUUUACCAGCUGAGCCACCGGGGAAGCCCAAGCAUACUGGAGUGGGUAGCCCAUAUUACAUUUUUGUAGUGUUUUUCAUUCAUUCACUAACUUUUUGCACAGACGUGGUCAGAGGGCAUGCCAUGUCACCCUUGACGUGGGCUCAGGAGGUGGAGAUGACCGCCCCCCCCCCCCCCGGCCCCUGAGGGUCAGGCAGGGCCAGUCUGUGUGUCCGAGGAGCCAGCAGCGCCCCCGCCCCCAGACAGCUGUCUGCAAGAGCCCAGCGGGGCCGGGGCACCUGCAUAUGCGUCUCCCCAGGCUCUUCUCCUGGGGACAUGUAGAGCCAGUCAGGGCCCCUCGGUUCACACACCUUGGCUUUGUCCAGCUGGACUGUCCCCUUGUCCAUCUCCCCGGUCCCUGAGCUAGUUUGGGGUGUUUUCAUGAAAACCCAGGAUCACCCUGAUGGGCUGGAGACGUGCCCACUUGGAAACGUCUGUCACAGAAAGUAAAAGGCGUGUGUCCUGGCCCUGGAGGCCGGCCCCCCAGCGAGGGGUUUCGAUUCCUGUUCACUGAGACAGCGGUGCUGGGUUUGUGCUGCCCAGGGGAGGGUGCAGGGCUGGAGCUGGGCUGGGCCUGAGGGUUGUGGGCAGAACGCUGCUGUCUGAGGCCCCAGCCUUUCUUUCCCGAAGAAUGAGUGUCAGCACGGUGUUUGAAAGGAAAUGUAAAUUGUGCCCACGGGCAGCCUUCUCUGAUUCUUCACCAGCGUCUGUCCUGGGACUGGAGUCUUCUCCGCCUGGCCCAGGGGCGGGCACUUGGGCAGGGCCUCCCCCGCGUGUCUGUGUCCCGGCCCGGCCCGGCCACUCCACCCAGCGACGCCUCCUCUAGGAGCCAGCAGGACACCCGGGCGUCUCCACCUCCGCUCAGCAACACUUCAGUAUUAAACUAUUGCCUUCCUCUUUUUUUUCCCCAAAUUAAGUUUUUUAAUGGAGAAAUAAUAAUUUCAGACUAUGGCAUAGUUUUAAAGAGGGUAUUUUGUUGUUCUUGGUGUCCUUACUGUCUUAUUAUUAUCCCCAUGAUGGACUGGGUUGAUACUGUGAAAUAAACUAGAAAUAAGUUAACAUUUUUAUGUCCACAACCACCCCCCACAACACACACACACGCAUACUACACACAGCUCAGCAUCCCAGAAAAAGAAGCAGCCUCUCGGUGGCCCCCGAGCCCUAGCAGGACUGCCUGUCCUGUGUGUGUCCUUGAUGAAGACGAGACAGCUUCACGCCCAGGGAAUGUUGGCCUCACGUGCACCCCAUCUUUUAUGAAAUAAUCCAGUUCUAUCCUUCCAGAUAAACCCAGCUUGACAGCGGACAAGUAUCACCAGGUGCUUCUAUUUGUUGCCAUGGAAGAAACUCUCCAGAUGGAAUCAUCAGAUCAUGUUUCUUAGGGACCAAAGGUGUUUUUAAUAAGAUAAUAUUUGAUUUUUUUUUCUAAAAAGAAAAGAAACACUAACUUUACACUUUAGCAUCAACUUUUAAAUUAUACGUGUUCAGCGUUAAUUGACCAUGGCUGUGAGUUGUAAAAUGUUUUCAUAUUAAGAAUGUAAUUAUUUCCUUAUUGUAUUUUUUAAAAGCUAAAGUCAUAUUUAAAAUUCUCUUUGAAACAGGCAAGAAAUGGGAAAGGUUUUUUUAAUUAAAUAUGUUGGCAAUGUCCAUUUUAAAUAACUGUAAAUAUAUUUUCACUGUUUCACCAUGUAUUUAAUUCAUAAAGUAAAAAAAAAAAAUUUAUCAGAAGAGACUUGCAUUGGAAAUACUCAUUUUCAGUCCAUUUGCCCGAUUUUGUAGUAGCUUCACUUGACUUUUCUGCUUCGCUAUGGAUUUUCUACAGUUUUUCACGGUGUAGCCCACAGACUGGCGCCCCCGGGCGUGCCAUCUUUGUGUAUUGCUAAUAAACUCGACUCCCCCAAUCCUG